GUAAGAGGCGCAAAAUAGAACUCAAGCAGAUACUGGAUGACCUCAAACCUGGUCAGGUCAAUCAAGUCAUUCGAAAAACUGCAACAAAGAUGUUUUUGGAUCGGAAGGCUGCAUUAGAGGCAGCAUAUGAACUUUUGUCAAAAAAUCGUUAUGGGCGAGAGUCAAAGCAAACUCAGGAUACCUACUUUGGGUUAUGUUUCGGAGGUUGUGGGAUUGGUAAGACAGAGUUGGUAGCACAAUUCUGUACAAAAAUGAUUUUGGAGAAUGGUAAGAUUCUUGUCUUAGAUUUGGAUAAGGGAAAGCAUGAGUUUAAUAGAGAUGCAUGUAUGGAAGAUCAAUGGCUUGGGUUAGCACUGGCAAGUGUGUACUAUGGUGGAGAAACUGCAGGUUUAUCUGCAUUCAUCAACAUGCUACGACAAACAUAUGGUGAAGAAUCAUUAGCCUGUUUCAGUGAUGCAAGUGAGGUGAUUGAAUUGAUUAUCAAUCAUUUCCGCAAACAGAAGAAUAUAGAGGGAACACUAACUCUUGUGGUAUGGAAAGAUGACUAUCAGAUUGAAAUGGAACAAUUCUCUAAUCCACGACUCAACAUAAUUCAAAAGAUUGGAGGAUACAAUCAUGUGUCUACAGGGCAAAGCAAAGCUGCUGAACAAGAUGUUAUUCUUGUUCCUAUUCUGUCUGGAACUUUUGGUGGGGAUGUGAGAAAAACAAUUGUUGGGAGCUGGUAUUCUGCAAAAAUUUUAUCAACACCACCAUUAUCAUUCAAUUCUGCAGUUACUGUUUUAGGAAUUUCCAAAAAUGUCCUUGAGCAAUCUCCAUUCAAACUCCGCAUCUUGAUAUCUGAUAUUGGUGAAGUAGCCCGACUACUUGUGGACUUAGGCCGCAUGGGUGAUUUUUCAAAACCUCUUGAAGAGCAGGACAUUGAUAGGUUAGGAUCACAGAUGGUCAACAGAGUUUCAGAAUGUUAUAGUAUAGCUACCCCAAAAGGUCAGCGUAGUAUAACAGCUCUUCCAAAAUCAGCUCUCAAGGAGCUUCUGAGACGUAUUAUUACUGGAACAUCAAUCUCUGAGGGCACUCAACUUCCAGAGACUGAAAUGAGCUUCCUUGAUCUUGAUUGUUAUGGAAUUUUCCAUUAUACUCUUUUAUCAAAUGGUCGAUUUUCCAUGACAAUGCCAUAUAUUCUUUUAUGGAAAUUUAACAAUGAAGUAUUACUGUUACCACCUGAUCUUCUUACCUUUCCUUGUCGGCAGUGGACCUGGCAAGAUUUUGAGAAAUUGGAAGCCUAUUUGGAGACACUAAGGGCUGGACAUGGUACAACAAUCAAAGAGCAAUUCCCCUAUGCUUAUGCAAAUGCAGAAGUUUUGGAGUGGAAAAUUGAACCUUGGCAACAAAUGUCAGUUGAACAAGAGACAGCUCAAUGUGUUCCAAAAAAUGGCAAGGUUACUUGGGCAGACAAACAUUUAAUUAAAAAAGAUGGAGAUAGUUAUUAUGUUAAAUCAUCAGUGGUUUUUCUUUGUCAUAUGGGAAACCCUGUGAUUGAUUCUCAUUCUUGCCAUAUGUCUGGAUCUGGAUCUGGAUAUAUAGCAUUGCUAAAGCAAACAAAGCAUUCCAUGCCAGCCUCAGAGGGCAAAGUAACUGCAUCAGAACUGAUCCGCUGGUAUAAUGAAGCAAACCAGAAAUUUGAUCGCCUCAAUACCAAGUUCAAUACAAUAGGAUUUAUUUUUUUCACCAACCGCAAUUUAAGUGAUGAAGAUCGUGAAAGGGCACUUACUAGGUGUCCCAAUUUGAUCAUAAUCUGUAGGGAUAAUCUGGAAAAGUAUAUUUCAAGUAUCUUUAUAUGCAGGGGGCUGGUAGAUGAGGAGUAUGGAAACUAG